CCUUCCCAGGGUAAUGCUCUGGCUGCCGCUGGUGGUGGCAGUGGGUCAGUGAAGCUCUGGGACACGGAGAAGUGGCAGCCAAUUGCCAGUCUCGCUGUCCCACGUCCGGAGGGAGCUCACCCAGAUAAAACAGGCAGCGGCAAGUUUGUCCUAUCUGUUGCCUGGAGCCCUGAUGGAAAGCUGUUAGCUUGUGGAUCCAUGGAUGGCACCAUUGCUGUGUAUGACGCAGUCCGCAUGAAGUUCCUCCACCACCUGGAGGGCCACCACAUGCCAGUGAGGUCCAUGGUGUUCUCCCCUGUGGACCCCCACGUGCUCUUCACUGCCAGUGACGACUGCCACAUCCACAUCUACGAUGCCAAGGAGAAGAGCCUCAUUGGGGCCAUGUCUGGGCACGCGAGCUGGGUGCUGAGCAUCGACGUGAGCCCGGAUGGCAUGGCGGUAGUGACAGGCUCUAGCGACCGCACGGUCCGGCUUUGGGACAUCAACACAAGGACGUCAGUGCAGACGAUGAGCAACCACUCAGACCAGGUCUGGGCUGUGGCCUUCCGACCACCGGGAGGGAUGGGAGUCCGCGCAGGCCGGCUUGCUAGCGUGUCAGAUGACAAGAGUAUUUCCCUCUACGAUUACUCAUAGUUUUCAUACCGUUGCAACGCCUCUAUUGUAGUCUGUUUCCAGCUAGAGACUUCUAUUUGGCCGUGAAGGUUGGAGGACUUGUUGUACAAUCCUGAUUGAACUCCUAACUUGCAAGUAAAGCAAGUUUACUUCCUGUCAUUGACUUAUUAUUGCCUCAAGGUUGUUAAGUUGCAUACUUCUCCCUGAUUUUCUGCCACUGAUCACAACUUGUGUCAGUUUCG